UGUAGAGUGCCCCCCACCGCGGCUAGUACGUGUCCUUGGGCGGGGUGGGGGGAAAGCCCACUCCCGCGUCCCGAGGCCUGGGCACCGAGGAAGGGUGAGUCUGCCACUGCCCUCCGCCUACCAAUGCUCCUCAGGCGGGCGAGGAACCGGGGGGGGGUCUUAAAAGGAGGGAAUGAGGGAGGGUCCUCCCCCCCCAGCCAGCACGCCUACGGGGGGGGGCGCCCAUGAUCUCCCCUCCAUGCUCCGGCUGUGCCUCUUCCCCCUCCUCGGAUCUGGACCUCCCCCCCCCCCAUCCCUCCCUGCUUGACGGUAGCGUCUGGUCAGGAGGAGGGAAACUUCCGGCAACAGGAGGGGAGGAGCAACCCUUUGGGUCUGGCCGCCGCCGCCCUGGAACCUCUAUGGCUUUGCUCCUUGUGCCUUCGCGCAGAAGGGGAGGGGCUAGGCCAGGGCUGCUCCUUCCUAAAGGCUAGCAUCUCCAACCCGGGUGGGGGGGGGGAGCACUUGUGGCCGGCGGGCGGCGCCCCUCCGGAUACUGCUGGCCUCCAGCUUCCAUCGUUAUCCUUGCUCUUGGGGCUGGAAGGCAACCGCACCUGGGGGAUCAGCAGUAGCAAAGAGGCUCCGUCCGUAGGUGGCUAUUUCCUGUCCCAGGUGGACGGAACUUUGGGGGCCCUUCUGACUCCCUUCUUCUGCCGCCAUGCUUGCUUUUUGCCCAAGGAAAGCAGGGUGGGUGAAGCAGUUCCAGGUAUUGUGAGAGGACGCCCGCCGCCCUGCAACACUUUUUGCACUGCUUUCCUUGCUCCCCACAGUUGCUGUUGGGAUUUGGGUCAGCAGCAGGAGCAGAGACUGCUCCUGUGCAAUGCCUGUUGCCAAUCUCAAAAGCGGGGUGUGGGAAGGAAUUGGCAAGUGGCAGCUGAGUCCAGUGCCCUGCAGGGACUCCAUGCACUCUGCCUGUGACUGACAGAAUGUCUGGGAGCUCUGGAACAGCUGCAGAGCCUAUCUGGCAUUCACAGUGGAUUACCUGGAGGAAGGCUGGUGGGCAAGGCUUCUGACCUAGACACAAGUGGCAAGCAAUUGAAGGGAGAGAGCAGGAAGCCUAAUAAGGGCAAGGCCUUCUCAUCUGUCACCAUGAACUGCUAACCUGAUAACAAGACCCUGGGAGCUGCUGAGUAUCUCUCUCUGGCCACACUCAAGCACAAGAGAAGGGCAUGAGGCAGAGGUAGGCCUGACCAGAAUAAUGUUCAACAUAAACCCUCUGGAGAACCUCAAGGUCUACAUCAGCAGCCGCCCGCCCCUGGUGGUGUUCAUGAUCAGUGUCAGUGCCAUGGCCAUCGCCUUCCUGACUCUGGGCUAUUUCUUCAAAAUCAAGGAGAUCAAGUCGCCUGAAAUGACAGAGGACUGGAAUACUUUCCUUCUGAGGUUCAACGACCUCGACUUCUGCAUUUCGGAGAAUGAAACGCUAAAGCACCUCAUAAAUGACACCACGACCCCGGAAAGUGCCAUGACCAGCAGUCAGGCCCGUCCUUCCACGCCGUCACCACAGACGCUCGAGGAUUCUGGUCCAAUCAACACCUCGGUUGCCAUCACCCUGACGCUGGACCCCCUCAAGCCCUUUGGGGGCUUCUCGCGGAAUGUCACGCACUUGAGCUCCACCAUUUUCGGACACCAAAUUGGACUCUCAGGCAGAGAAGCACAUGAGGAGAUCAACAUCACCUUCACGCUGCCGGCUGCCUGGAAUUCGGAUGACUGCGUCUUGCACGGCCACUGUGACCAGGCUGUCUUCACAACCUGCAUGACUGUCACAGCUGCCGCUGGGGUCUUCCCUGUCACAGUCCAGCCGCCGCACUGUGUGCCAGAGACAUACAUCAACGCGACCUUCUGGUACAAGAUCUUCACCACUGCGAGGGAUUCAAACACCAAAUAUUCCCAAGACUACAACCCUUUCUGGUGUUACAAAGGAGCUGUUGGCAAAGUCUACCAUGCGUUGAAUCCCAAACUGACGGUUAUUGUCCCGGAUGACGACCGCUCGCUCAUCAACCUGCAUUUAAUGCACACUAGCUACUUCCUCUUUGUGAUGGUCAUCACUAUGUUCUGCUAUGCAGUCAUCAAAGGCAGGCCCAGCAAACUGCGGCAAAGCAACUCAGAGUUCUGUCCUGAAAAGGUUGCUUUCUCAGAAGCGUGACCCCCUGCCUCCUUUCUCCAAAAGUGACAGUGUCUGCUGCAACCAUCGCCUGCCGAACCCAGAACUAGACCCUGGUUCGUUAUGAAUUAAUUAUCUUGUGACGUUGGGUUAUUCCAACCAAAGACGUUUUAAGUGCCUGUAACGGUUAUUUAUAGGAGGCGGAGUCUACUUGGAAUGAGUUAAGCCGAUACAGCCCUGGGCUGUGGGGAGCCUCUUUGCCUGUUCGUGGCAGGCUGUUUUGUGAAGGAGCCAGAGACAUUUCUGUGUGUGUCUGUCUUGCUGCACUGGGACAGCCCGGAUGCCUUUUGCAAGUGUCUCAGAAAAAGCACCUUAUUUUUCCCCAUGGUCUGUCCAGUGUGUUUGAGGCAGGGCACACCUCUCUGCUACUGUACUGCAGCUCUAAAGCCACUGAGUCAAUGUGUUUGUUCCUCUUUCUUCCCAAUUCCUCCCUGCUUGCAGAAAGAUACCAACAUUUCUAGAUUUCUUUAAAAACAAGACAAAAACCCCCACCUGGCAUAUUCGUAUUUUAAUACUGGCUGUAGUUAGGAAAGAUGGCAUACUUGUAAUUUUAGUUUAAAGAAAGCAAGAGAAGCAUCUUCCACUUUGCACUCUGGGUUUGUUUGUUUAAGUGUUGCUAAUUUUUUAAGCUAACACAGACAGAAUCUCCAUUGGUGCCAUCCUGGACCUCUAAUCAGGCUGCAGCAGCAGCAGCAGUAGCAGUGCACCCACCCCCUGUAGUGACAUGCUACAGAAUUCCUGAGAUUGCACCAUUCCAGACAGUAUGGUCAGGGUGUAAGAGUGUGUGAGAGAGAUUAGUUUGCUGCACCUGUGUCACAACCUUCCAAUCUGUAGAAAACUAGCAUUUUGAGGAGAAGUUUCAAGGCUGCUUGCCUCUCUGACAUGCUUGCUUUUUUAUGUGCAGGUAUUUUUUAUCUUCUUAAUGUGGGAAGGUAUUUGAGCGCCUUGUCUGGAAUGAUGCAGUUUUAUUAUCUUCAUGUGUAGGUCAGCUCUUCCUCUUCAGGCUGGGAACUUCUGCUGCGCUUUGGUGGUGGUGGUGGUGGUGGGGGUCCCUGAUGGUGAAAGGAAGUGGCAGCCAGCAUUGGGGCAAGCUGCCCCCUGGGGACCAGGCCUGGUGUUUGUCGUGCCUUUUGCCUGCGGAGAGAGGUGCGGAGGGCCAGUAUGUGCUGCAAAUGGAUGCUGUCCAGGCAGGUACAACAACUCCGGACUCACUGUUGGAGUGGCUUCCUAGUUUGCACUUCCAGUUUCACUCUCUAAGAAUGUAGAGAGUUCUAGGACAUCGCCACUGCCACUGCUCUGAAGAAAUUGCUGGUUGCCUUAACGCCCCCCCCCCAGCCUCCCUCUCCGGUGGCAGCCGUGGCAUCUUUCCCUAUCAAAGCAACCCUGUUUCUUCUCCCACAAUAGUUUUGAGAAUGGCUUUUUAGCAUUUGCACAGGACGACACGAUGUGUGGGUUUGCUUUCAUUGGGAAGAGUUCAUUUGUCUGUUCAUUUGCUUGCUUGGUGUCUUGUCGCGUCUCCAAGAUAUGGGGAUGAUCUCCAGAGACCUUCAGGGUCUAGGAUUGGGCAAGGAGUCUGGUAGUGGAUUUAAAAAAUAAAUAAAAAAUGCAUCCUCUUCAAAUUAAAAUCCCAACCAACCAGAAGUUUUAAAUGGAAAAUAGAUUGUGGGCUUCAGAAGAAGAAUGUUGUUUCUCUUAACUUUUGCUUUUAUGGUCCGUUCUAGACCAUUGUAGUUAGUGGUUCAGAACUGAUCUGCAAGGAGGAGGAGGAGGAGGAAGGGCUAGCGGUGGGCAUGUAGAAGUCAGACACUUCCAGGAAGGAGGGUACAAGUGGAAUGUGACAGUGGCUGUUCGGAUCAUAUUGAUCUUGCCUCUUUUCUUUUUCAUUUUCACUAUUACUUGAAUCAGUUUUGAUUCUGUUUGUUUCCUCGUUAGAAACCUGCCAUUCCAAUUUGCUUCUCUGGCAUGAUAUGAAGGUUUGUAAUUUCCUUAUUCUCCCCCCACCCACCCACAGCUUCCUCUGCAGGAGAUGUAGUAGGGGUAGGUGGCAUUUGACUUACCUUUGGGCUUGGUGGUCAGUAACUGAUUUGUUAAUGACAUUUCUCUCCUAGGUUAAUUUUUUGUGUUUGUAAGAUGUGGAUAUUGCUUUGCAAAAUAAAAAUUUAUUACUAUCA